AUGUCGUCCAACAACACCUCGACCAGUGUCUCCAUCGAUAAGUUCGAUGGGGACAACUACUCAACCUGGUGUCGCUACAUGCGCGGCGUGUUUCUGACGAAGUCAGUCUGGUACGUCGUGAACCGCGAAACGUCUCCAACCUUCACCGACACGCGAGCUUCCGACGAGUACGUCAAGGCGAGCAACAUCGCGUUCGGGUUGAUGUUGCUCCACAUGGACGCCGAAUACCACCAUGUGGUCGACAACUGUGAAGAAGCAUGGACAGCGUGGUCGCGGUUGAAGAUGCUCUAUGGUGGGUCGCAGAAGGCGGGACGCAUCUACCUCAAGCGCCAGCUGUUCAGCAUCAAGAUGGCGGAAGGUGCCAACGUCUUGCACCAUUGCAACGAAGUCUUGAACAUCGGCGCCAAGCUCAGCAGCAUCGGUGCCAAGAUGGAAGACGAAGACAUUGCGAUCUGCUUGCUGCUCAGUCUCCCGAAGAGUUUCGAGAACGUGGUUCUGAACUUGGAGAUGAGCAAUGCAGAGCUGCGCACGCAAGAUGUGGUCAAGGUGCUGACUAACGAGCACAUCAAGCGACAAGGCGAGAAGAUGACAACGGCAACGACAACGGUGAAGACUGAAGAUGCGACAAAGGCAUUCAGUACCGAGCGCAAGCCCUACCAAUGCACAUACUGCGGCAAGGUGGGGCACACGGCAGAGCGUUGCUGGACGAAGCAAAAGGAUGAAAGUCGAGGAGCCCAACGCGGCGGCAAUGGUCGUGGACGCGGGGCAAACAAUGUCCAGUGGCGACAUUAUGAUGAAGGCAACAGCUACGAUCGAGUGGCGUUUGCAGUUUCGUUCGAAUGCGGAGUUUCGACGAACAAGAAUGGACCAGGAAUGUGGGCCAUUGACAGCGGGGCAACACAUCACAUCUGCCACGACAAGUUCAAGUUUGCAAGCUUGGUCGAAGGCAAUGAUGGCGAGAUCCUGGUGGCUGAUGGCAACAAGGCGGCCAUCAAAGGUGUGGGGACCAUCGUGGAAAAGGUGAUUCUGCCAAACGGGGAAGAGCGCGAGAUCGAGAUCAAGAACGCGCUCUAUGUGCCCAGCAUGAGCAAAAAUCUGCUCUCGGUGCCGCAGAUUAACAAGCACGGCAACUUCCAAGUGGUGUUUGACGGGGAUACGAUGUACGUCGCUCGCAAGGAUUCCAAUCAUGUGGUGGCAGCUGCGGAUCUUGUAGACGGACUCUACUGGCUUCGCACGACGCAGCGAUCGGCCAAUGCGACAUCACUCAGCAACGCUGUUGAUCUACAUGCGCGAAUGGGCCAUGCUCCAGUCGACGUACUUCGCAGGAUGGUGACAAGCCACAUGAUCAAGGACGCUCACAUCCCUUCCAAGCCGAAUGGAUCAAGUGUGUGUCGAGGAUGCCAAGAAGGGAAGAUGGUCCAAAAACCAUUCCCGAGCAACCGUGACAAGCGCACCUACAACACCUUCGAGAUGCUCCACUUCGACAUCUGCGGACCCAUGGAAGAAAAAUCUCUGGGUGGCAGCAAGUAUCUGCUGCUGAUCGUGGAUGAAGCCAGCGGAUGCAUGAAGGGUUUUUGUCUGCAUUCCAAGUCAGAGAGCGAAGAGUGCAUCAAGAAGUACAUCACGAUGAUACAGACGCAGUUCAACAAGAAAGUCAAAUUUGUGCGACACGAUGGAGCCCGCGAGUUUGCGACAAACUCGCUUCAAGAUUUCUACGAAGUCGAAGGCAUCGAGCAACAAACCACGGUGCCAUACGCACAUCAAGCCAAUGGAACUGCUGAACGCGCGAUUCGAACUAUCGUCACCAUCGGUCGUAGCAUGCUCCAUCAUGCCAAGUUGGACAAGUGCUUCUGGGCUGAAGCGGCAAUGACGGCCGUCUAUGUGAAGAACCGUUUGCCGUCACCCAAGAUUCCACACAAGACACCGUUCGAGAUUGUCUACAAUUCUAAGCCAAGUGAGAAACGACUCAAGUGGGAUGCCAAGGCCCGGGCUGGAUUGUUUUUGGGCUACGAAGAAGUGUCCAAGGCGUAUCGAGUUUAUGACAUCGAAGCGGGGCAGGUGAUGAUAAGUCGCGAUGUCAACUUCGAUGAGUCGGCCUUUGGAAUGUCGAUGCUGAUUUCCGAUGACGAUGUUGAUGGCCUGGACUUCGAAUCGAUCGAUCUUGAUGAUGAAGAACCGCGUCCGAGACACUUCAAACAAACAGGAAAGCGCAAGGCCCAACCCAGUCACGACAAUGACGACGCAAGCAUGCCCCGAGCAGUGCGCCAACGACCCGGAUUGGAAGAGUCAAGUGCGCCGGAUGUAUUGAGGGUUACCGGUACAAUCCGAACCUAG